GGGGGGUGGAGUAAAUACGAACAUGAACAUGAAACUAGCAGUUUAGUGACAGAAAGAAGCAGUUGGACAUUUAUAAGUAUACAGUAAGUGUGUUUGAUUGCUAUAGUAUAUAAAAUUUCAUAGAGUGAGAUCACGGAAAAACAAGAAUUUACAAAAGUUAGAAGAAGCUAUUUAAAAGUUUAUCUGAGACAGGGAAAGAAAAAGAGAGAUCAACUUGGAGACCACACAACCUAACCAGGUCCAUCUGGUCACUUCAGGGGGAAUACAGUUCAGCCAUUCAGAUCUAAUCAAGUGUAUUGUUUUUCUGACGUCUUCCUGAUGGGAUCAGAUAAUGGGAACACCUCCUUAAACAUGUCCAACCAUUCCGAGGAUGAGAGCAUUGUGAGUAACAAUAUCUCUGUUACCUUUGGGGCCCUCAUCCUCAGCAUUGUCUUCCUUCUGGGCGUUCCUGGAAACUUCUUCAUUAUAUGGAGCAUCCUAGCACGUGCCCGCAAACGCUCCGUCACCACCCUGCUCAUCCUCAACCUGGCUUGUGCAGACGGUUGUCUGAUGUGUCUGACAAUUUUCUUUAUAAUAUACCUAGCCAAGCAGAGCUGGAUAUUUGGAAGUGUCAUGUGCAAGCUGCUUUUUUACUUGUGCAAUACAAACAUGUAUGCUUCUAUUAUGAUCAUUACGCUGAUGAGUCUACACAGACUAGUGGCAGUGAUGUGGCCCACAUACUUGACUGCCUGCACUCGUAGACGGACAGUAUUACUUGUGCUUGGUGGCCUGUGGAUUGUUGUAUUUCUUUUGGCACUUCCUGCUUUGAUAUUCAGAGAAGAAAUUAAGAAUGACAAUGGGAAGGAACGCACUGUGUGCGCAACUCAUCAAAAGCAUGUGGUAUUUCAGUACACACUUGAGACAGUGGUGGGCUUCCUGGUGCCAUAUGUGAUCAUUGUCAGCAGUUAUGUGCGUAUCCUUCACCGCCUCAGACAGACCAUGUUCAAGAGAUGGAUACGAAGCGAAAACCUUAUUCAAGCUAUUAUUGUGACGUUCUGCAUUUUUUGGCUUCCUUACCACAGUAUUAAUAUAGUGCAAGUGGUAGCAGCUCUUAUGCCAAAGGAAUCACCGCUCAAAAAGAAACUGGAUGACAUCUGGCAGUCGAGCCGUGCUGUUACAUCCGCUCUGGCUUUUAUCAGUAGUUGUGCCAAUCCUGUCCUCUACGCCUUUGCUGGACGCUCCUACAUCAAAGCUGAUGGCCUGGCAUUCAUGGCCAGACUCUUUGAGGGCACUGUCCUGGACUAUGGUGCACGGAGAGGCCGUCAGAACAGAGAUGUCAUCAGGCUCUAAACCUCAUAGGAGCACAGAUACAUAAAAACGAAUCUUGGACAAUAAAUUAUUUUUUAAAUCCGUUUGAAUUGUGACUGAUACGGUAGAGAAUAAACAGGUCAACAAUUUCACCUAAAAAGACAGCAUAAAGACCUACAGAGUUCUUACAUUUAUCAAUUGACAAUUCCAUUACGAGAAUGCAUUUAUGCAGCUUGCUUUCAUUUUAAAAAUCAACCUUCAAGUUUGUAAACUGUUCAUACAGAACUACCCCCCCCCCUUUCCCCAAUUUGAAGAUUGUAUUAACGUUAUACAUUAAUUCCUGGAUUAUCUGGACUUGGGUGUAUAUUUAAUAUAAUCUUCGCAUUACCUAUUGUAAAUAGUUGUACAAAGAUUGCUUUAAACCUUAAACCGUUUAAAAAGAUGAAUUAAUUCACUAGCAAAUGCUCACAUUUUAGUCAUAUUGCGCAUUCAAUUUUGGCAGUACAAAUUCAUAUGCAGUAAUCAAACCCUUCUGCACUUGUUGAAAAAUGUCUAAAACGGUUUAAAACCCAAUUAAAUAUGAAUAUGCAUAACUUACUCGGUCACACAUAAAAGGAUUUUAGCACCUAAUCUCUUUAUAUUUGACUAAAAAUUCACUAGUACACAAGUCUCACCAUGAAUCAGACAUAUUUUAAAGAAUUUAUUGUAGCAGUUUCAAAUCCUCACUGACAUAUAUUGCUGGCAUCUUUUAGAGUAACAAGAUGGCAAGCAAGCAUGGACAAACCAUACUACAGAACACAAUUAUGUACUUUAAUCUUCUGUACCAUAAUUGGGUUAUAUCUCUAGUAAAAUAAAAGGCCAGUGGACCUCAUUCAAAUCCAUAGUAGAAAGUCAGUUCACAUGAAGUAAACCCCUAAAUAAAAAAAAAAGAAAAGAGAAUAGGAAUUAAUA